AUGGCUACCAAUGAAGAUCUUCAGUAUAGGGGAAUGGUCAGCUUGCUUAAGCAUUUUGGAUGGACAUGGGUUGGGAUUUUUGUGAGGGAUGAUGAGAGUGGAGAAAGAUUUUUGGAGACCAUGGAGCUAUUGCUUUCCCAGAAUGGGAUUUGUUCAGCUUUCACGGAACGAAUGCCAAGUCAAGGCUAUGUAUAUGACAAAAAAAGAUUUGAUAGCGUAAUCCAUUCUUUGCAUCAGAUUUUCAGACUUACAAACUGCAGGACAUUUUUCCUCUAUGGUAACACAUAUAAUCUUAUGUAUUUAUGGCAUCAAAUUAAUCAAGCUCUUGGGGAGAAGAACAGCAUCUCAGCUGGAAAGGUAUGGAUUAUUACAGCCCAGAUUGAUUUUGCAUUAGCAAGGCUCAGCCGGGACAAAGACUUGCAAAUGUUCCAAGGUGCUCUUUCCUUCAUGAUUCACUCCAAUGAGGUUCCUGGAUUCCAGGAAUUCCUUCAAACUCUCAAACCUGAUUGGACAGAAGCAGAUGGUUUUCUCAAAGAUUUCUGGGAGGAAGCAUUUGACUGUUCCUUUCCAAAUCGUAGGAUACCCUACAAGGUCUCUGGAACAUGCACUGGGGAGGAAAGACUGGAGAGCCUCAUUGCUCCUCUUUUUGAAAUGCGCAUGUGUGGCCACAGCUACAGUAUUUAUAAUGCUGUUUAUGCUGUGGCACAUGCUUUACAGGCUUUGUACUCAACUAACUCCAAUCGCAGAACAAUGGUGACUGGCAAAAAGGAAGUACAUCAAGAUCUAAGUCCUUGGCAGCUCCACCCUUACCUUCAGGGUAUUUCAUUUAACACCUCGACCGGUGAAAGAGUGGCUUUUAAUGAUGACUGGGAAUUUAGAGCUGGGUUUGAUAUAAUGAACUUGGUUACAUUUCCAAACAGAUCCUUUGUUAAUGUGAAGGUUGGACAGGUGGAUCCCAAUGCUCCAGGGGGGAAUCCAUUCAGCAUUAAUGACACCACAAUUACCUGGCAUAAGUCCUUUAAUCAGGUCUUGCCAUGUUCAGUCUGCAGUGAGUUCUGCCAUCCAGGUUUUGAGAAAAGGAAGAAGGAAGGGGAGAAAUUUUGUUGUUAUGACUGUAUUCAGUGUCCAGAAGGGAAGAUUUCCAACCAAACAGAUGUAGAUGAUUGUUCCCAAUGCCCAGAAGAUCAAUAUCCAAAUAAGGACCAGAGUCAAUGUAUUCCAAAAGUUAUAACCUUCCUGUCCUAUGAAGACGCAUUAGGUAAAAGUUUAGCUUUAGGAGCCAUUUUCUUUUCCUUGAUGACAGCUGUGGUGCUUGGGACGUUUGUAAAGCACAGUGGUACCCCUAUUGUCAAAGCCAACAAUUGGAAGCUCACCUACAUUCUCCUUGUCUCCCUCCUGCUCUGCUUCCUAUCUUCUUUCCUGUUCCUCGGGAAGCCGGGGAAACUCACCUGCCUUCUCCAACAACCUAUCUUUGGCAUCAUUUUCACAGUGGCUGUUUCUUGUGUUCUGGCCAAAACCAUCACCGUGAUUGUAGCUUUCAUGGCCACUAAGCCGGGGUCCAAUAUGAAGAAGUGGGUGGGAAAAAGAAUGGCCACUUCCAUUAUCAUCUCUUGCUCCAUCAUUCAACUGGGCAUUUGUGCUACCUGGCUUGGAACAUCGCCUCCAUUCCCAGAUUUAGAUGUGAACUCAGUUGUUGGGGAAAUAAUUAUUCAAUGUAAUGAAGGCUCAUUUGUGUUCUUUUACCUUGUUCUGGGUUACAUGGGACUUUUGUCCCUCAUCAGCUUCACUGUGGCAUUCCUAGUCAGAAAACUGCCAGACAGUUUUAAUGAAUCCAAAUUUAUUACCUUCAGCAUGUUGAUUUUUUGUACUGUUUGGUUGUCCUUUGUUCCCACCUACCUGAGCACAAGAGGGACAGACAUGGUAGCUGUGGAAAUCUUCUCUAUCUUAGCUUCCAGCGCAGGAUUGCUAUGUUGCAUCUUUGCCCCAAAAUGUUACAUUAUUGUGUUGAAGUCUGAGCUGAACACUAAAGAGCAGCUAACCAGGAAAAGGACUCAAGCAUGA